AUGUAUGUAUGAGGAAAAUUUUGGUGAUUGUGAUUGUAGUCGCGAAUGUUACUGUUGUUACUGUUAGUGAUAGUGAUGUCUAAUCAGUAAUCACGUCACGAAGAUGCAAGGAAUCUUUCAUAAUUUUAAAGAACAUUAAUGUUGAUAAAUUAACUUAUAUCCUUCAUCGUCAAAAUUUGUGAAAUCGGCGAUUAUAAUCUAAAUUCUAGAUAAUGUCUAAGUUAUUAAUUUUAAAGGAAUUAAUACUUUGUAAACAAGUAGGUCGUGAGAUUCCUGCUAUUUAUAACAUUUCCUUGGUUAAAGUCGAACUAUGGAAACCACUUAGACGCCCUUUAAGCCUUUGGAGGAGACAAAAUGGGGAUAAAAACUUGCUUUACUUUCCCAUGAACAGAUCUAUUCUUGAGAUACUUGAAGACUGUAAUACCUCAUAAUGGGGAGAACUCAGAGAAAACGAAAGAGAAAGAAUAAAACCUCCGUACGAGUAGCUUCACUGAACCAGGAUGAAGGAUUCCGAGAGCUAGUGCAGUGGUUGAAACGGAACGGGUGGUGUAAAAUGUUGAAACUGAAGCCAGCAAUGUUUCCGACUACGGGCCGUGGACUGUUGACCAGAGAAGGCAUCUCAACAGGUGACAUCAUUAGAGACAGUGAUAAUGAACCCAGAAAGUGGUCUCCACAGUUCCAACUUCAGACUCGUUCAUGUUUCCACCCAGGGAUUUCCGCACUCUCCCGAGACGUUGUCAGCAUGCCCCAGCAGCCCGUAACCAGCCAACAAAUGUUGCAGGGGAUGCUCUCCUACAUCUGGCCAAAGGAUGAUCCAUCCAUUAGAAACAGAGUGAAGCUAGCUGUAAGUUUGUUGAUUGGAGCUAAGCUGCUUAACGUGUCAGUGCCGUUCCUGUUGAAGUACGCAGUAGAUGACAUCAACACCAAGAUGGCGUCCCAGGGUGAAGCUGUCCUCGGCUUCUCCUCAGCUCCUGAUGCUGUACUCAGCACGGCUGUAGCUUUACUGGUUGGAUAUGGAGUUGCGCGGGCAGGGGCAGCUGGGUUUAACGAGUUGCGCAACGCAGUGUUCGCCAAAGUUGCGCAACACUCCAUCCGACGCAUUGCUCGCAACGUGUUCCUCCACCUCCACAACAUGGACCUAAGCUUCCACCUGAGUCGCCAGACUGGAGCUCUGUCUAAGACUAUAGACCGAGGCAGCAGAGGUAUCAACUUUGUGUUAUCAGCGAUGGUGUUCAACAUCGUACCCACAGUGUUUGAACUGACAUUAGUCAGUACUAUCCUGGGGCUCAAGUGUGGCGGUGGGUUUGCUCUGCUGUCAGUUGGAUGUGUGGGCCUCUACACGGCGUUCACUCUAGCCAUUACACAGUGGAGAACCAAGUUCCGUGUCUUCAUGAACCGAGCAGAGAACGAAGCUGGCAACAAAGCCAUCGACUCGCUUAUCAACUACGAGACUGUCAAAUAUUUCAACAAUGAAAAAUACGAGGCCGACAGAUAUGACAGGUCGCUGAAGAAGUAUGAAGACGCCAGCCUCAAGACAAGCACCAGUUUGGCGCUGCUCAACUUUGGACAGAAUGCAAUCUUCAGUGGUGCAAUAGGCAUGGCAAUGGUCAUGGCUGCACACCAAAUAGCUCAAGGCAACAUGACAGUUGGCGACCUGGUGAUGGUUAAUGGACUGCUGUUCCAGCUCUCAGUGCCUCUUGGCUUCCUGGGCUCUGUCUACAGAGAAGUGCGACAGGCCCUGAUAGACAUGCAGACCAUGUUCACUCUCAUGACCCAGGAGCCCAAAAUUAAGAACAAAGAAAAUGCUAGUCAAAUGGUGAUUACAAGAGAUAAUUCAACAAUUGAGUUCCGAAAUGUCAGUUUUGGCUACGUUCCAGAGAAGCCAAUCUUUGACAACCUCAAUCUUACGAUUCCCGCUGGGAAGAAGAUUGCAAUAGUCGGAGGCUCGGGGUCUGGAAAGUCUUCGAUGAUCCGGCUGCUUUAUCGAUUCUUCGAGCCCAACUCUGGAGAAAUACUGAUCGGUGGAAUAAACAUCAACGAUUUGGACCUCAAUUGUCUAAGAAAAUCAAUAGCGAUUGUACCUCAGGACUCAGUGCUGUUUCAUGAGACAAUCCAUUACAAUUUGCACUAUGGAGAUCUCAGCAAGAGUACGGAUGAUGUUAUAUCUGCAUCCAAGAUGGCCGACCUCCAUGACUCUGUGUCGAAAUGGCCGCUGGGCUACGAAACUCAGGUAGGAGAAAGAGGGCUGAAGCUGUCUGGGGGGGAGAAGCAGAGAGUGGCCAUAGCUAGAGCUAUACUCAAGGGAGCUCCUGUCUUAGUGUUUGACGAGGCUACAUCUUCUCUGGACUCGAUCACAGAACAUAACAUCCUGGGAGCUCUACAGCGGGCUACAGAGGGUCGCACGUCCAUCUGUAUCGCGCAUCGCCUCUCCACCGUCAUGGACGCAGAUGAGAUACUGGUGUUGCAGAACGGUCGAGUGCACGAGCGCGGCACUCACCAGCAGCUGCUGGCAGACAGCGGCUCAUUCUACAGUCGAAUGUGGAACAUGCAACAUGGCGUGUCUCGUGAGGCCAGUAGCGGCUGAACUAGAGGGAGUGACUACACUGAAGUAGGCAAUUCACUGUAGCUAAGACAUUCUAGACUUUAAAGGAGUUACUCCCUAAGAGUGUGAGGCUGUUUUUGCUUUGUGAACUUUUAAAUGAAAACUACUGAGGAAUAAUUAUUGUCAACUUUCCUUCCACACAUUUUAGUCAAAUUACGACCUCUUAAUUUUACUGUCCCAGUAAAUGGAAGAAAUGCUGUACAAAGCUAAGUUCAUUUCAGUAAUGCUAAUAUUUAUCAGCUCAUCAACGUUUGUAUAUAGUGAAAGAUGUGAGUUGAGAAAAUAUUUUGAGAUGAAUUUGUGUAAACAGUAUCGUAAAUUAUUUUGGAAGGAUUUAUUUGUUAAAAAGUAUUCUACAAUUGAAUUGUAAUAUUGAUCAUAUACAUCUAUAUUAUAUUUUACAACUUUAAAGUUUAAAACUAUAAAUAAACUUUAGGCCUACAAAUAAUUUAAUUAAUUUAUUAACAAAAUAUUAAAUACCAUUUUUUGUUUGUAAAUAAAUAGAUUGUUAUGGUUUUAUUUAAUUUUAACACACAAAAUGGAAAUAUAAAAAUUAUUGUUGUAUG